UGAAAUUUCAUUACUUUUGUUAAGAGACAUUUAAAUCGGUGAAGUUACUGGGAAGAUUUGGUUUAAAAGAAUUUUUAUAGAAACGAAAUACAAAAAUGAAUCUAUUGCCUAUCAUAUUGGCAUCGAUCACUGCAUUGAUUCACAAUUUUGCUGAUUACGACAAAGCAAAAGACUAUAGCAAAACGCUUUCGACACUGGAUGGUGAUCUAAAUUUUCCAAGAAUCACCACGUAUGACUUCAUUGUCGUUGGAGGAGGAUCGGCCGGGUCAGUCAUUGCUGGAAGACUUUCUGAAAAGUUUAAUGUUCUGCUAUUGGAAAAGGGAGGCGUUCCGGUUCCCGCCACCGAUAACCAAUUUCUGACGGCAAAUGUAGCACGCCAUCCAGCAAUAAAUUACAUAUAUUCCACAGUUCCGCAGACUCAUUGUGGUCUUGAGACCGGUGGAAUACUAAGUUAUAUCGUCGGUCGAAUGCUUGGCGGUUGUGGAUCUCACAAUGGAAAUGUGUACAACAGAGGAUCGCCACAUGACUUUGACAAUUUCGCUAAGAUUACUGGUGACGACAGUUGGACCUAUAAAAAUGUUUUGAAACAUUUUAAAAAUAUGGAACGAUAUAUCGGCACAUUAGUCAAUGAAACGAAACGAAAAGACCUGUACGGCGAUCGAGGACCAUUCACUGUUGAGUCACAAAUACAACCGAUUCAAUCGGCAUGGUUCCAAGCCGCUAAGGAACUCAAUUACCCCGUUGACGAUUGCAAUGGAUAUCAAAGAGAAAGCUUCACUCCUAUUGUAUGGACAAUCGUAAACGGCCAACGGCAAACUGCCUACAAAUCGUUUGUUAAACCAUUUGAAGAUUCGCGGAAGACGUUGACAGUCUUAACAUAUUCCGAUGUUGAACAGGUACUCAUCGAUUCAAACAAAGUGGCAUAUGGUGUUCUCUACCGACGACACGGAAUGGUCCAAAUUGCACAUGCAACUAAGGAAGUGAUUAUAAGUGCUGGAACGAUCGGCUCGCCAAUGUUGCUCAUGAAGUCAGGUGUAGGACCCAAAAAAGUGUUAGUAGAAGCCAAGAUUCCCGUUAUCAGUGACUUAAUGGGCGUAGGAAAGAAUUUUCAAGAACACGGUGACGUAGCUUUACAUUUCACAGCAAACAAGCCGAAUAAAGCAUUUUUGGAGGCAUUAGACGAGGACGAUGUGGAAACGGAACUGCAAAAAUAUUUUGGAGGAACGGGCUUUUUGACUAAUUGGAAUGCCGGUCAAGCCUAUGUUGUCUCAUCCAUUGCAAAAGCAGAUGGCGAGCCCAAUUGGCCAGACAUUCAACUGACUUUGGUUCAAAAUAAGGCCACCGCAAGUGUAGGAUUCCCUCAAAGUGUCGAUUUGUAUAUGCAUGCAACUGGUUGCCGAAUGAAAUCGAAUGGUGAGAUCGGAUUCAAUACUACUGCGUACUUGAAUGGCGAACGAGACACAUUGAAAUUGGCUGUGAUCGAUCCUCGCCUAUUUUCAGUGCCUAGUGAUGUGCAAGUGGUGGUUGAAGCCAUUGAAUUGGCCUUUAAGAUUGUGACGAACACGACACAAUUCAAGAAGAUGGACAUAGUAUGUACGGACACAACGCCCGAUAAAUGUUCCCAUUUAGUGUUUCGAUCGGCAAAAUAUUGGGAAUGUUACAUUGCCCAAAGAGGAGUUCCGUAUUGGCAUCCGACCGGCACUUGUUCAAUGGGAAAAUCCACAGAUCCCAAUGCAGUUGUCGACUCCAAACUUCGAGUUCGCGGCAUUCAACGAUUGCGCAUCGUCGAUGCUAGUGUGAUGACGAGAGUGACGAAUGCAAACACAAAUGCACCAACCAUGAUGAUUGCAGAAAAAACCUCUCAACUCAUUCUAGAUGCAUAUGCAUGCAGCAGAAAAUGAUUGGCGUGAUGAUGUACGAGAUGGACGGCGUGUAUUUUGUGAUUGAUAAAAAAUAAAA